AUGACGGAAACGAUGGCGCUGAGUGGAAACUGUAGGACUAACCCCAAAGAGCAAGCAUCAGUUCAGAACAGUUUCCCAGAUGUUGUUGAAUUAAACGUAGGGGGGCAGGUUUAUUACACUCGUCACUCAACUUUAGUGGGCACCCCGAAUUCAUUACUCGGUAAGCUGUUCUCUUCCAAAAAAGACGCAUCUAAUGACUUGGCGAGAGACCCCAAGGGUCGUUAUUUCAUCGACAGAGAUGGGUUUUUAUUCCGGUAUGUGUUGGACUACCUCCGAGACAAGCAGGUCGUCCUCCCGGACCACUUCCCGGAGAAAGGGAGGCUCAGGAAAGAGGCGGAGUACUUUCAGCUGCCCGACUUGGUGAAGCUCCUGACCCCUGACGAUAUCAAGCACAGCCCGGACGACUACUUCCACAGCGACUAUGAAGAUGGGUCGCAGGGCAGCGACCACCGGCAGUGUCCGCCUCCCUCUCUGGUCCCCGCGGACAGAAAGAGCGGCUUCAUCACGGUGGGAUACCGGGGGUCGUGCACCAUGGGCCGGGAGAGUCAAACCGACGCCAAGUUCAGGAGGGUGCCUCGGAUACUGAUAUGCGGGAGGGUGGCUCUCGCCAAAGAAGUUUUCGGGGAGACCCUGAACGAGAGCCGGGACCCGGACAGGACCCCGGAUCGGUACACCUCCCGGUUUUACCUCAAGUUCAAGCACCUGGAGAGGUCUUUUGACAUGCUGUCGGAGUGCGGUUUCCAAAUGGUGGCCUGCAACUCGUCAGUCACAGCCUCGUUUGUCAACCAGCACACAGAGGACAAGAUCUGGUCCAGCUACACAGAAUAUGUCUUCUACCGUGGUCCAUCACGUUGGUCCUCCCCUCCAUGUGACUGCUGCUGCAAGAACCACAAAGGUGACGGCGAGGGCGAGAGCGGCACCUCCUUCAACGAGCUAUCCACCUCCAGCUCCGAGAGCCAGUCAGAAGCCAGCUCUCCCCAGGGAACAGUCAUCUGCGGCCCGGUCAGCCGCCAGUCACACCCCCACGCCAACGUCCAAACCCUGGACAGGCCGCUGAAAAAGGGCCCCAUUGCCAUGCUCCAGCAGGGCGAACAACGACGGAAGAGUGACUUGCUGCGCACACUCACGGCGAGCUCCCGCGACACCAGCACCUGCAAGAAAAGGCCGGCGAAAGAGAAGCUGACGGUUGAGGAGGAGCUGGAAAAGUGCAUUCAAGACUUCCGCAAGAUCAAGAUCCCGGAGAGGUUCCCCGAGAGGAAGUACAUGUGGCAGGCCGACCUGCUGAGAAAGUACCGCCUCUGA